GCAAACGUGUCAAGUCUGCCGCACGGUCCUAAUCAGUACUACUACUACUACUACUACUACUACUACUACUACUAUAUUGCCGUUAUCAGAUAGCCUUCAAAUCAACUAAAAUGGCUGGAACUUGCUCCAUGCUCUGCUUGAUUCUGAUUACCUUGUUCAUACCUCCUCUCGGUGUGUUUAUGAUCUCGGGUUGCAGUGUUGAUCUGCUUAUCAAUAUACUCUUGACGAUUCUCGGGUACCUCCCCGGCCAUGUCCACGCAUUCUAUCUCGAAUACGUAUACUACGCCAAUCGCAACGCAGGGUCAGGCGAAGCACCACGUCGCGCGCCGGGAGUCUAUUCCGAGCGGAUUCAGCGCGGGGGGAAUCAUCACACGACGUAUGGCACGAUCCCUUGAUAAUGGAUGCUGAAUGGACAUGGCUGUUUCUGUUUCCUUUACAUUCGACUGAUCAGGUAUUGUUAUGUUACGAGGCUCUUAGAAGAGUGACUAGUGUCGAUAGCAUCAUUAAUUGGAGUUGAGGUUCUUUUAUUUCUACAAUGCAAGUAG